AUGAAGAAGGUCCUCAUCUUCACCACAGCUAUCGCUUUACUACGACUUGGCUACGCAACCAUCCAGUCGGGACAGCACCAAGCGAAAGAGCCAUAUCCAGGCCAAUUAAUAUACCAACCUCCGAACCAAUACCCUCUUGACCCAAUCUCUAUCGCCAGCGAUCAUAAUCAUCAAUCGCCAUCCACAAGCCCUCCUCACACCUCCCAUGACUCCCCUCCCACAGGCCCCUCCCACCCCACCACACCCUCCUCCCCCAAUACAUCCCCAUCCUUCCACCUCGGCACCACAGGUACCCACUGGGGUAUCGUCUACUUCCCGUACACGCCAGAUUCCCUCUGCGCGCCCGCCCUCUCCAUCCGCUCCGACAUUGCCUCCAUAGCCCGGAAAGGCUUCCGUUCCAUCCGCCUCCACAGCACCGACUGCUUCGCCCUCCAAAAAGUCGGUUCGGCCGCGCGCCUACACAAUCUCCGUCUAAUCCAGGGCAUCCACGUAGACGAGAGCGGCGACCUCGAGCUCUUAGCGCAGCAGAUCCGCGAACUUGUCUCUUGGGCCGAAGAAGACCCCCAUAAUUGGGAGUUGAUCGAGCUGGUCGUGCUGGGCGAGGAGCUGCUGACUUCUCACAUCAUGUCGCCGGCGCGGCUAGCGGACCUGCUCAUCUCUGUCCGGAAUACUCUGCGAGAAGCUGGGUAUCAAGGCCCGGUAACGACCACCGACGCGCUCGCAACCCUCCAAAAACACGCCGCUACGCUCUGCCCCGUCCUCGACGUCCCAGCCUCCAACAUUCACCCCUUCUUCCAUGCCUCCGUUCCGCCGUCGCUCGCAGGGACGUACGUCUCCACCGCACUCGACGAGCUCGACAACCUCUGCGAAGAACACGUAAGGCGGGGCAUUCGGGGCGUGAAUCUGGAGACAGGGUGGCCACGGAGUGGCAAAGCGAAUGGUUUGGCGGUGCCAGGGCGGGUCGAGCAGAUGGAUGCAAUUGAGGGGAUCAAGGAGCUGGCGGGGGCGAGGUCAGUGUUUCUGGGGUGGGGCGACGACGUAUGGAAAGAGGAGGGGGAGCUAGGGGUGGAGAGUGCGUGGGGUGCGGGGCAUUUAUUUGGGAGGGAGGAUGAAGUGAAUGAAGAAGGGAGAGAGGGCGUGAGAGAUGAGGUGUGA